AUGUCGGCUGUUCAUUCAAUUUAUGGCAACUUUAGCGCAAUUACUUCUUCCGAAAGAGACGCAAUCGAUUGAUGCCAAGAGAUGGGACUAUUAAAAAGCAAAAAUUGCGACCUUUGCAAUAGAGAAUGUGGUGUUUAUUUAACACCAAAUAGAGAAGCUGAGUUUUUAAGAUGCCAUUUUUUGUCAGAUAAGCUUAUCACCAAGGCGCUCGUCCAUAUUUCCGACUGUCAAGACUUCCAAUUGCAAAAAUUGUCAGGAUUAUUUUCUACCAUGUAG